AUGUCUAUAAAACUGCCCAUCUUGCACUGUGUAAUGCUUUGCUUACAUCGUUUCUGCAUUAUUUUUUUAAACAAGCCUACUGUUAUAAAUAUUUACUUUGAAGUAAUUACCAACAUCUGUUUUUAUAGGUUGAUCAACUCCAAAAUGUUAUCUCAGUGUCUCUGCCAAGUUUACAAAUGUUUGUUUCUGCGCAAUUUAAAACUGAAAUCAAUAAACGUGACUACUUUGCCCAGAAGGAUCCAUUCUUCAGCAAAAAAGCUUUCUGACUCUGAGGUAAAAGAACAAACUCUCCACAAAUGUGAAACUGAAGAUUUGCCUCAAAGGACAGAAAACAGUAAUGUUGGAAGAUUGCACAUACCAGUGAUGCUGGAGGAGGUUGUUAAUUUUUUAUCCCCCCAGCCAGGCCAGCAAUUCCUUGAUAUGACGUUUGGAGCCGGAGGUCACACCACAGCUCUUCUCCAGAAAGCCAGCGCCAUCACGGUUUAUGCACUAGACAGGGACCCCACAGCUUAUCAAAUAGCUCAGCAGCUUGCAGAAUCCUACCCGAACCAGAUUCACGCUCUUCUAGGACAGUUUAGCCAGGCAGAGGCUUUGUUACUUUCUGCUGGAGUUGAGACAGGCACGCUAGAUGGAGUUCUCUUGGAUGCUGGCUGUUCUUCUAUGCAAUUUGAUACACCUGAAAGAGGUUUUUCCCUGCAAAAGGACGGACCUUUGGAUAUGAGGAUGGAUAAUGACAGGUACCCUGACAUGCCCACUGCUGCUGAUGUUGUGAACGCUUUAGAUCAACAGGCGCUUGCGUCCAUCCUGAGAACAUAUGGGGAGGAGAGGCACGCCAGGAAAAUCGCUUCAGCCAUCGUUCAGGCACGCAGCAUAUACCCCAUCACCAGAACUCAGCAGCUUGCAGGCAUUGUUGCAGGUGCUUUUCCACCAUCAGCACUGUACGCACGAAGGGACUUGCUUCAGAGACCUGCACAUGUUGCUACCAAAACUUUUCAAGGCCUGCGAAUAUUUGUGAAUGAUGAGCUCCACGAACUGUUUUUAGGGCUGAAGACAGCUGAGAAGUUUCUAAAACCGGGAGGUCGCCUUGUAGCUGUCUCCUUUCAUUCCCUGGAAGAUCGCAUUAUCAAACGUUUUCUUCAUGGAAUAGACAUGACAGAAAAGUACAAUCUUAGCUCAAGACAGAAGAUAAGACAAGCCCUGAGAAAUGCCUCCAAAAAAGAAGAUGCACAAGAAUCUCCUCAUGGGAAAUCCAACUCAAAUUGGAUUUUUAUACAGAAAAAAGUUCUUACACCCCAGCCCAAGGAUAUUCAAGCAAACCCACGAGGAAGAUCAGCCAAGCUAAGAGCUGCUAUUAAAAAAUAAGUUAAAAAAAAAUGUGUGUAUGUGGUCCUUACAUUUUGUUUUCUAGAAGAUUAACUGGACAGAAUGUAUCAAAAUGAACAAAAUAAAAUGAAGGUUGUUAGAA